UCUUGUGCUUCUGAAGAUUUGGAUGAUGAUGAGGAUGAAGAGAAUCAGCAGAGGGAGACAGAGCAUCUGCAAUACACAGCGCGCUCAUCCCACUACUUUAUACCUGCUACCUCCUCCCUCUGCACUAAAACAGCCUCAGCUCUACUUUACAGAGGUUUAACAAGAUGGUGGAACAUUACUUCUUCUCCCCUGGAUGAACUAUAUUAUUGUUGCCAGUCACAUUUCAGAAUAUAAUUUUAUAGAACAUAAUCAUUGUUUUUAGACUGGGUUUUUGCAUACUGAAUACGUUCAAGUACACUUUGGUGCCAACACUGUUGUACAUGAACAUGACUUUAAUCUGAAAUGUUAUAUUUUAUUAUUACCUAAAUACGUGAUUAUAAGAUAACUCUUCCACCUCUGAUAAUGUCAAUCAAUCAAUCACCUGGGAGAAUUAUUUUGAUACAGGGAUUGUAUUUUUAAUUGAGUACAUUUAUUGUGUUAUUGCUACUUUGAUUUACAGUAAGUAAUAUAUUCGAGUACUUCUGCUGCUGUUGAGUACAACUGUUCACUCUGAGACCAAUUACCAAGGUCAGAAACACAAGAAUGGAGCGCAACACAUCAGGACUAAGACUAAUAUGAUAUACUAAUACAAAUAUAAUAAUACCUUUCACUGAAAUUAGGCCUCUUGUUUGUUUGUGCAUAAGAGCUUCUUUCAAACCUCGGUGCCAGAGGGAUAAAAACGAAUCUGGAUUAAUGGAUUGAAUAACUUUACCUGAAAGACCAUGUAUGUUUUCAUUAGGUUAAACCACAAUUUAUCAAUGUUUCAGGCUGCUUAGUGUCUUUUCAUUGGGAAAAAAAAGAAUGAAGGGAUCAAUUUUCCUGAAGGAAAUCUCUUUCCUGACAUUACCUUCAGUCAAACAUCCUGAAGCUGAGCAGUUAAACCUCACUCUCCAUCUCUACCUCGGCAUUUUUGUAUCAACAAACCAUUACUCUUUCACAUGCUGCCAAUUUUUCAUUAGUUUAAUGGUCCGUGCAUCUUUCCUGUGGGCUGUUAACUCAGCACUGAGUCUUUAGGGAGAGUAAAAUUAAUUUACUUUCCAUUUUUUAUCACAGCGCUGCUUAUCAGCAGCCACCUGUAAGUAUGGUCACCUGUGUGUUUUCAUUAACGCUUUAAUGUGGUGGAACUAAAAUGUUUUUCUUGUUCACCUUCCUGCUAUUACCACUGAGAAAACUGUAUAAAAGACAAUUUUCUGAAGGACACGCACCAGUGAAAGUCGCCUCAGAGUUUCUCAUCUCCUGUAAUAAAGAUAACUCAAUUUAAAGGUCACCAUGAAGGCAGCGCUGUUUGACCUUCUGGUCAUCUUGUGCCUGUUUGCAGUGCUGCGUGCAGGAGCAAACACUCAUCCUGAAGACAUGGGUGAGGACGAGCAGCACGUGGGGAAAAGAUACGCCGAGUCCACCAUUGCCAGCGAAAUGAGCAAAAUCGUGGAUUCGAUGGCGCAGAGAAGUUUUAUUGAUUUUUUGCUCAACCAAAAGGUCAAAAGAAGCAGGCUCGUCGCUGUGGAGGAAGAUCCAGACCAUUACAACGAGCUGCUGAAGCUGUAUGAGAAGCAGAGGAGGGAGAGCUAGGCUCCAACGAGGAGCAGUGACGCUGUGGAAAAUUUCAUGAUGAUGAUGCUUGUUAUUUUUGCCUCUUUCCAUUAAAGCUUGGUCGAUGUGUAGUGUUUGUUCUGUCCUGUGCAAAUAUAUCUAGAAUCAUCACACAGCAAAAUAAAAAAUGACUUGAGCUGAGUGAAA